AUGGAAGCUGCUGCUCUUACAGUGAAGAAGAUGGAUUUGGGUAAAGCCUUGUUUCUUCAGGAAAUUUGUUGGAGACAAAAAUCCAGGGAGGUUUGGCUCAAGUUUGGGGAUCAAAACACUAAUUUCUUUCACAGGAUGGCAAAUUUCAGAAAGAAGGUGAAUUUCAUCUGGAGAAUCAAAAUCAACGAGACUAUGGUCGAAGAUCAUGAUAAUAUUGCUACCGGUAUUACAGAGUUCUACAAAAAUCUUUUCCUGGAGAGUUUACAGAUUUGCCCUUUUCCACGCACCUAUGGAUCUAAAUCUCUGAGUUCUUCCGAAUCAGCCUCCCUUGAAGUCUCCUUCUCAGAAAAGGAAAUUUGGGAUUGCUUGGCUAAUAGUGACGGUACUAAGGCUCCAGGGUCCGACGGUUUUACCUUUGAAUUCUUUAAGAAAUGUUGGAGUUCAGUCAAAGAGGAUAUCUUGGGUGCUUUCAAGGAAUUCCAUGAGAUUGGCUCUCUUCCUAAGUGUGCCACUCAUUCAUUCAUUUGCCUAGUGCCUAAGAAAGAUGAUACGGAAGAAAUAAAGGACCUUCGUCCCAUUGGUCUGAUGAGUAGUGUGAACAAACUCAUCUGCAAGGUUUUAUCGAAGAGACUGGGGCAAGUACUUCCGUCUCUAGUCUCUGAGUUCCAGCAGGCCUCGGUUCAAGGUAAGCAGAUUGCAGAAGCUGGACUUCUUGCUAAUGAGUUGGUAGAGAGUAGAAGGAAGAGCAGGAAACCAGGCUUAAUGCUAAAACUAGACAUUGAAAAGGCUUUUGAUAACGUCAAUUGGAGUUGUCUGUAUAAGGUUCUCACGAGUCUGGGUUUUGGAGAAAAAUAG